AUGGGUGUGACUCCUAGAGAGAAAGAAGAAUCAGUCGCUUACCAACUAAAAGAUGUGGCACAAGUGUGGCUCAUGGUGUAUGCCCAACAAAUUGAACAGUCCAAGAUUAGGGAGAUGACUAGAGAUGGAAAGAGGCCUAGGUCGAAUGAAUUAAGUCAACCUAAGGAUAAGAAGAGGUUCUUUAACCAAGAAUUUUCCAUGGGAAACAAGGAUAGAGGUUCCAACCAAAAUUCUCAAGGAGGUGGUUAUUCUUAUGAGAGGCCCAGUUGUACUAGUUGUGGGAAGCAACACUUGGGUAGGGAUAUUGCCAGCACAGAUGGUUGCUUUGGAUGUGGUUAUAGGGGUCAUAAGAUGAUAGAUUCCCCUAACCUCAACGAAAAAGUGAAAGAGGUCAACCAAGCCCCUCAUGAUUGUCGAGAUCCCAAUGCUCCAAAGAGGAAUCGUUUCUAUGCUCUCGGAGCUAAGGAAGUGACUAAUCCGGAGUGA